GAGGCGACAUACGCAUGGAUAUUUUUAUUAAUUCACUUUUGGGAUGCCACAUUUUUUCCGAGUGAGCUGCAGCAGGCGAAUCGGAUGGGGUUUCUCUUUAAUCUGCGGCUGCUGCGCUUAGUGCACUUGCGACGACGUACGCACAAUCUUGAACCCAGCCCGAGGCGAAUGGCAUCAAUGCUGCAACAAGUGCUGUAUCCUGUGUUGGGCCUCGUCCUGAUGACGAGCCACUUGGAGGUCAGCAGCCUGGCCAUCACCAACGGCCAUUGCCAGAAGAACAUCAGUGUGAAGUAUCAGGUGCCCGUUGCCAAGACCCGCAUGGCAGGUCCUUCGAAUUCCAGCUAUCCAGUCGACCUGGACAGCUAUGUGGUGUACGAGGAGCGGGUGCGUUGGGACAACAUCCAGGUGUGCUGCCCGGGAUAUCGCACCAUUCUGUUUGGCUUCUGUGAGCCAGUCUGCCAGGAGGCGUGUCCCGCCCACAGCUACUGUGCGGAACCGGAUCGCUGUCACUGCCAGCGGGGCUACGAGCCGUCGCACCUCCACACCACUGGCCACCAGCUCGUCUGUCGACCUGUCUGCCAGGGUGGCUGUCCGGAGCACAGCCACUGCGUGGCCCACAACGAGUGCGAGUGCUGGCCGGGAUUCAAGGACGCCAGCAGCUGGUUCAGCCUGAGCCUGCGCUGCGAACGGGUGCAGUGCGGCCACGAGCAGCGAUUUGAUCCGGCACGACGUGCCUGCGUCCAGAUCGAGAUGAGCAUGGAAGAGCUGAUGCAGCGCGUCGCCGAGCGACUCGCCAAGGGACUUGGGGCGGAGGACGAGGCCACCAACGAACCGGAAUCAUAG